UAUAAGAGGACAGGGACAGCUGCCGCUGUAGUCACCCCAGAAGAACGCAAGGCAGAAGCACAAAGGAGCUCUUCCGACUACUACUGCUAGAAGGAUACAAAGAAGAUACAAUAGAGGGAUACAAAAACAACAAAAAGAGGAAUACGGAGGAGCGCACUACGCUAAACGAAUCAUAGCGCCAUAGAAGGCGGCAAGUUGUUGUCGAAGGGCAAGGUGCAAUCUGACGCUGAACCGACUAUAGUGCAGAGACCUAGGCUAACCACCUACAGACCAGGAUGCCUGAAGAACAUCGACCAAUGGAGGAAGAGGUGGAGACCUUCGCUUUCCAGGCUGAGAUCGCUCAGCUGAUGUCACUGAUCAUCAACACCUUCUAUUCUAACAAAGAGAUCUUCUUACGAGAGAUCAUCUCCAACUCAUCCGAUGCUCUGGAUAAGAUCCGCUAUGAAAGCCUCAUUGACCCCAGCAAGCUGGAUUCCAGGAAAGACCUGAAGAUCGACUUGAUCCCCAACAGAUACGACAAAACCCUGACCAUCAUCGACACCGGGAUCGGCAUGACCAAAGCCGAUCUCAUCAACAACCUGGGCACCAUCGCCAAAUCCGGGACCAAGGCGUUCAUGGAGGCCCUGCAGGCCGGAGCCGACAUCUCCAUGAUUGGUCAGUUUGGUGUCGGCUUCUACUCCGCCUACCUGGUCGCUGACAAAGUGACGGUGAUCACCAAACACAACGAUGACGAGCAGUACAUCUGGGAAUCCUCCGCCGGCGGCUCCUUCACCGUCAAAACCGAUAACAGUGAGUCCAUCGGGCGCGGGACGAAGGUUAUUCUGCACCUGAAGGAAGAUCAGACGGAGUAUUUGGAGGAAAAGAGGAUCAAGGAAGUGGUGAAGAAACACUCGCAGUUCAUUGGCUAUCCCAUCACUUUAUAUGUGGAGAAGCAGCGAGAGAAGGAAAUCAGCGACGAUGAAGCUGAAGAGGAAACUGUAGAAAACAAAGCAGAAGAAAAAGACAGCAACGCGGAGAAGCCGAAGAUCGAGGACGUGGGGUCCGACGAGGAGGAGGACGCCAAGGCCGAGGGCAAGAGGAAGAAGACCAAGAAGAUCAAAGAGAAGUACAUCGACGAGGAGGAGCUGAACAAGACCAAGCCCAUCUGGACCCGCAACCCGGACGAUAUCACCAACGAGGAGUACGGAGAGUUCUACAAGAGCCUCUCCAACGACUGGGAGGACCACCUGGCCGUGAAGCAUUUCUCCGUCGAGGGUCAGCUUGAGUUCCGGGCUCUCCUCUUUGUGCCCAGACGGACGUCCUUCGACUUGUUUGAGAACAAGAGGAAGAAGAAUAACAUCAAGUUGUAUGUGCGCAGAGUGUUCAUCAUGGACAACUGUGAGGACCUCAUCCCAGAAUUCCUGAACUUCAUCAAAGGUGUGGUGGACUCUGAAGACCUUCCGCUGAAUAUUUCCCGCGAGACGUUGCAGCAGAGCAAAAUUCUCAAAGUUAUCCGGAAGAACUUGGUGAAAAAGUGUCUGGAGCUCUUCACAGAGAUGGCCGAGGACAAAGAGAACUAUAAAAAGUUCUAUGAGCAGUUCUCCAAGAAUAUAAAGCUUGGAAUUCAUGAAGACACUCAAAACCGCAAGAAGCUUUCCGAACUGUUGCGCUAUCACACCUCAGCUUCGGGAGACGAGAUGAUUUCACUAGCAGACUAUGUAUCACGAAUGAAGGAGAACCAGAAACAUAUCUACUACAUCACAGGUGAGACCAGGGAUCAAGUCACCCAUUCGGCCUUCGUGGAAAGGCUCCGUAAACAUGGCCUUGAGGUCCUCUACAUGACAGAGCCCAUUGAUGAGUACUGCGUCCAGCAGCUGAAGGAGUUUGAUGGCAAAACUUUGCUGUCUGUUACUAAAGAAGGCCUGGAGCUUCCAGAGGAUGAAGAGGAGAAGAAAAAGAAGGAAGAGAUCACAACCAAAUUUGAAGGUCUCCUCAAAGUCAUGAAGGACAUCCUGGACAAAAAGGUUGAGAAGGUGGUGAUCUCCAACAGACUGGUGGAAUCUCCAUGCUGCAUAGUGACCAGCACCUACGGAUGGACAGCCAACAUGGAGCGUAUCAUGAAGGCUCAGGCCCUCAGAGACAACUCCACGAUGGGUUACAUGUCAGCCAAGAAACAUCUUGAAAUCAACUGUGAACACCCAAUUGUUGAAAAUCUGAGGCAGAAGGCUGAGGUCGACAACAAUGACAAAUCUGUGAAGGAUCUGGUGAAUCUGCUAUAUGAAACUGCCCUGCUGUCCUCUGGUUUCACCUUGGAGGACCCCCAAACACAUGCUAACCGCAUCUACAGAAUGAUCAAGCUUGGGUUAGGUAUUGACGAAGAAGACAUCCCUCUGGAGGAAAUCGCAAGCCCGGUGAUAGAAGACAUGCCGCCACUAGAGGGCGAAGAUGAUUCAUCCAGGAUGGAAGAAGUAGACUAAAGAGCAGAAUUUUUCUCUUAGGGUACUGAGUGGCGAUGUGCGCACCGUGUACAGUUUUCCUAAUUUCUGUACAGUUCCCCUAUUUACAGAAUUCGAUAUUUAUUACUUGACAUAAGGAUAUUGGAGGAAAGAGCUUUAAUGGGUAUUUUUGUGACUUCAAAGUCAUUUUGGGUGGGAUUUUUAUAUUGCUUUGUAACAAAUCACUCAGUACUCCCAAUAUCUCAAAGUGCAGUUUGGUUAUUUUGGCGGAACACCACGUCUCCAACAUGUUGGCUUAUUAUAUAAGCUAUCCUGUUAGUUUGCUGUUUUUUUUUUAAGAUGGAAAUUAUUUUGGUAAUAAAAGAAGGUUUGUGCAGCAACUUA